UGUUGCAUGGAGAAGACACUCGUUUCUGGUGCAACAAGAACCAGGAUGCUGACUCCUAGGAGCUUCACAUCGGUAACUCAUCACUGAACUCUGGAAGGGUGCAAUUGCUGAAGACCAGCAGAGUGCACAUCUGGAGAAUAUCAUCCAUUUAUAACAUAUCCCCAGACCACAUGGAACUCGAGUCCAGCAUAAUAGUCGAACCGAGGCACGGGAGAGGUCUCUUCGUGCAGCCUGGGAUGCCACUGCUACCACCUGCAUAUGGUGUAAGUGUCGCCCACUCAGAUCGAUCAGCUAUGCUAUGCUGUUCUCCUGCUGCUGCGUAAGCUGACCGUCGUGAGAUCCAAAUCCAAGUUGUGGUCUUCAACAUGUGCCCACGGUAUCUUAGCACAGGUAGCCUUACGUUUGAACGUGCAUGGGACUCAAAAGAAUAAGCUUUAAGGUCAUCGAGACUAUACUAAUGAAGUAAAAGCUGUGAUAUUUUUUUUCCCAAAGUGCACAACUGGAACAAUCCUCUCAUAUAUGGAAAGAAAGAAUAUAGCUUAGGCACACUGCACGUACAUGUUAUUAUCCUAAUGAUAAGUAAACGCUAGCUCUAUCCUAAUGACAUCACACACCAGUGGCUCUGAAGUCUAAACAAACUCUGAAACUAGCAAGUGGCAAGUAGCAAGUGCUCUUAAUUUUAACCUGUCAGCGGCAGCUCAUGCGAACGGCGCCCCUUGCCUUCCCCCGCUACAAUGCGGAGACCGGAUCGUGGUGACUGCUCACGUACACAAAGCCAAGGUCGCUUACGUGCACAUGGCGGCAGCGGCGGCCAACGCGCAGCAAGCCGCGAGCUCCAUGGUCGUCGCUCCCCCCGCGUUCCCGAGUCCGACGACGAUGCCGCCGGCGGCUCGGAGGCCGCUGCACCUGCUCCUCCUCUCCCUCUCGCUCCCCGCCCUCCUCCUGCUUCUCUCCCUCGUCUUCCUCCUCUCGCACACCACCUUUAGCCUCCUCAUCUGCCCUCUCCUCCCGCGGCCGCCUUCGCGGCGCAAUGCAACGACCACCAGUGGUAGCGGUAGUGGCGACAGCCUUGGUGUCUCCAUGGACAAGACCUUGCAGGCCUUUCAUGCCUCGACACCGCCGUCCCCUUCAUGGCGCAAUGCGACGGCCACCAGUAGCAGUGGUGCCAGCCUUGGUGUGUCCACAGACAAGACCGUGCAAGCUUUCCAUGGCUCGGUGGCUGCGGCACCGCCGCCGCCGUUGCCGGCUGCUCCUGCAUCUGCUGUUAAGAUCGGCCGCAACAGCAAGAAGGCAUCCGCGAAGAGAAACAAGAGCCUCCUCAAGCUCCUGCUCAGGAGCACACCGCAGACGCGGCGGUUCGCGGCGCGCGCGGACGAGCUCUUCGCGGCGCCGUGCGCGGCCCGCUUCUUCGUGACGUGGCUCUCCCCGCUCGCGCAGUUCGGCCGCCGCGAGCUCCUCGUCAUGGAGAGCCUCUUCAGGUGGCAUCGCGGCGCCUGCCUCCUCGUCGCCUCAGACACCAUGGACUCCGCGGGCGGCAGGGACAGGCUGAGGCCGUUCCUCGACUGCGGCCUCCGCGUUGCCGUCGCGUCGCCGGACUUCGCCUACCUCCUGAACGGCACGCCCGCCGAGGCGUGGCUCGGCGCGGUGCAGCGCGGCGGCGUCAGCCCCGGGAGCGUCCCGCUUGGGCAGAACCUCUCCAACCUCCUCCGCCUCGCACUGCUCUACAGGUACGGCGGCGUCUACCUCGACGCCGACGUCGUCGUCCUCAGGCCCUUCUCCGGCCUCCGCAACGUCAUCGGCGCGCAGGCCGUGGACGAGGCCACGGGCGACUGGAGGCGGCUGAACAACGCCGUGAUGGUGUUCGACAGGGCGCACCCGCUGCUGCGCGAGUUCAUCGCCGAGUUCGCCGCCGCGUUCGACGGGAGCAAGUGGGGCCACAACGGGCCGUACCUGGUGUCCCGGGUGGCGGCGAGGCUGCGCCACCGGGGCCCUGGGCUCAACUUGACGGUGCUACCGCCGCGGGCCUUCUACCCCGUGCACUGGAGCAAGAUCGGCGGGCUGUUCGUUGCACCCAAGGACAGGAAAGACGAGAGGUGGGUGAAGGCCAAGGUGGAGAACAUCAAAGGCGAGAGCUUUGGCAUUCACCUAUGGAACAGGGAGAGCAGGAGGCUGGAAAUGGAGGAGGGGAGUGUCAUUGGCAGGUUGAUUUCAGACAGCUGCCUGUUCUGCAAUUCUUCCAUGUUUGUAAAGCAGGAGUAGCUGCAGGAGAUUCUGCACAUUUUCAGCUGCAGCAGAUAGAUGAAUUGAGAGGUUGGUAUUGUGUGA